AUCUGUGGACUCUGUGGGAUGCUUUGUGCUAGGAGGAGAACAGGGCUAAUGAUGAUCCUGUUCUGCGCCUGCUGUAUCUGCGGACUGAUUAGUGGCAUUCUGAAUGUGCAGUUUGUGCGUGUAGCGGCCAGACGCGCUGACUUCAUGUCCCCUCUGCAGCUGGCGUCCAUCUGCCUGGCGUGUCUGGGAGUGGCCGUCUGCACCCUCAGCGCCUGGCUCACCUGCCGCCUGGCCAGCGCGGAGCAGCAGCGCAUGUUCCUGGAGCGCGAGGUCCACCACUCCGUAGAGAUGACCGAGAAAAACAAGUCAGGAUGCAGCAGUGAAUAAACAUCAUUUCACUCUGGAGAACAGGGCAUCAGAGGCUGUUAGAUAAUAACAAUAUGCCAAAGCAGUUAAGAAAAAUACAAACAAUUAGAGUUAUGGCACAUUGUAUCCCUGCCCUGGAUCAAAAUGGCAUGUUUGUACAUUUAGUACAUUUCAUUGCAUCAUGGAACUGCCAAAUGAGUACUUAAUAAGUGCAUGCAUAAGACAGCCUAUUUUAUGUUCCUAUAAUAUAUAGAAAAAACAGUUCCAUUCCAUACAUUGUCAGAGCCUUGCCAUUUUGUGAGUGCUGUUUCCACCCCUCGUGUUUACGCAUUUCUGUGAGGCAUUCUGAACUUUUUCUUAUUCACAAUGCAGGUCUGGAGCCAUUUGAGAAAGAAAUAUGGGUGAGAUGGGUAAUGUAUUUGAAGAGUUCUUUUCCAAAACGCUAUAUCGACCAUUUGAAUAAUUUUUUUCAAUGAAUUGUUUUUCAAAUAAUCUCAGUGAAACUGUAAUGGGUAUGUUUAGUUGAUUUAUCUUUACUCAAUAAAAACAAAACAACUGCAUUUUUUAUUGAUGUUACCUGAAAUACACAAUUAAAUAACAUGAUUUUUAAAUGUUUUCAAAAAUGGAUUUAUAGCGUUUUGGAAAAGAGCUCUUAAUUUGCUGUUUGCUGUCAAUAAAGAAAA